AUGAAACAUAUAAGUGGCUCCAGCAAAUUUAUUAUGUUCACUACUAAAAUGAAAUUGGAUCCGAUCCAUGGUUUGAUGAAACGCCUCGAAGCUCAAUAUGGAGUCGUAACUCAACACGUCAGCUCUCAGACCCUUACCAAGGCGAUAGGGCAGAAAAAGCUCACUUUUUUCCUGUUUUUCAGGGGUGCCUUCAUGGUGCUUGGGAAUCUAUGCUUGAAAAUGAAUCUGAAGCUUGGAGGCAUCAAUCAUUGCCUGAAAAUAUGUGAUCAUUUCACCUCAGCUAAUCCCAGCUUCAGAAAUGUGUAA